AUGGCGACGGCUUGCGACGGCGACGCCGGGGCCGCGCGCCCGGUGGGACGCGCCGGUGGGGCCGAGCCUGACGGUAGUGCCCGCGCCGCCGCCGGGCUGGGCGGCAAGCGGAGGAGCGAGUGCGUGCCGUUGUGGGGUUGCGCCACUACGCGCGGCCACCGCAAAGCGAUGGAGGACGCGUGCGCCGCCGUGCCGCCCUUCGCCGAUGUGCCGGUGCGGAUGCUUGCGAGCGAGCGCAAGCUGGACGCGCUCGGGCGGGUCGGCGUCGACGCCUCCGCCGCCAUGCACCUGUUCGGCGUGUACGACGGGCACGGCGGUUCCGAGGUGGCCAACUACUGCGGGGACAGGAUCCACGUCGUGCUGAGGGAGGCGCUGAGCAGAGCCGCGGGCGCGAGGGGGCUAUCGGGAUCGGGGGAGCUGGGGGGCAUCCAGGAGCUCUGGGAGAAGGCCUUUUGCGAGUGUUUCCAGAGGGUGGACGACGAGGUGUCGGGGGAGGCAAGCAGGUUUAUGUUCGCUGACGGCGUCAGCGAGGCCCGACGCGAACCAGUUGCCGCUGACGACGUCGGCUCCACCGCCGUUGUCGCGCUUGUCUGCUCUUCUCAUGUCAUAGUUGCCAACUGCGGAGAUUCACGCGUGGUGCUCUGCCGCGGGAAGGAGCCCAUGGCUCUGUCCGUCGAUCACAAACCCGACAGGGAAGAUGAGCAUGCAAGGAUUGAGGCCGCGGGAGGGCACAUCGUCAACUGGCAUGGUCAUCGAGUCGCUGGCGUACUUGCUAUGUCACGGUCAAUCGGGGACAGAUACAUAAAACCAUUUAUCAUUCCAAAGCCAGAAGUGAGAGUCGUUCCUCGCACAAAUGGCGACGACUGCCUGAUUCUAGCGAGCGAUGGGCUGUGGGAUGUCAUCUCAAAUGAGGAUGCAUGCAGAGCUGCUCGCUUACAUAUCCUUCGGUGGCACAAGAAAAAUAACGGCACGUGUUUCGGUGAAGGUGGUAAACCGACAAUAAGCGAGAGCGACCCUGCUUCACAAGCAGCCGCGGAAUGUCUUGUGAGGCUAGCUCUGUCGAGAGGGAGCGAGGACAAUAUCACUGUCAUUGUGAUCGACCUGAAACGACGGAAGAUGCAUGGUCAAAGAUAA